AUGUCUAUAAGUGUCGAUGAUGCUUCAGCUCUGAGGGCCCAGGUGGGCUUGCGGGGUCGGGGGAAGAGGCCGGGGUGGAGAUCAGGGCCUUGGAGGCUGGCAGGAAGUUUUGCUGCAGACUGUGCGGGCACGGUGGCUGUCACCUCCUCCCUGCCGCCCCACCUCCAGGGUGCCGAAAGGGCAGACGCACCCACAGGCUCUGGUGACUUCCUGCAGGGAAAGGAGGCGUUUUCUCUGGGGAACGUGCACUUGAUCGGCUACAGUUUGGGUGCGCACGUGGCUGGCUACGCGGGCAACUUCGUGAGAGGAACGGUGGGCAGGAUCACAGGUCUGGACCCCGCCGGGCCCAUGUUCGAGGGGGCGGACAUCCACCGGAGGCUGUCCCCGGACGACGCGGACUUUGUGGACGUCCUGCACACCUACACGCGCUCCUUUGGCCUGAGCAUUGGGAUCCAGAUGCCCGUGGGCCACCUCGACGUCUACCCCAACGGGGGCGACUUCCAGCCGGGCUGCGGGCUCAAUGAUGUCCUGGGGUCCAUCGCAUACGGGACCAUUACGGAGGUGGUGAAGUGUGAACACGAGCGGGCCGUGCACCUCUUCGUGGACUCGCUGGUGAACCAGGACCAGCCGAGCUUCGCCUUCCAGUGCAGCGACCCCACGCGCUUCAAGAAGGGCGUCUGCCUCAGUUGCCGCAAGAACCGCUGCAGCAGCAUUGGCUACAAUGCCCGGCGGACGCGCAGCCGGCGGAACAGCAAGAUGUACCUGAAGACACGUGCGGGCAUGCCCUUCCGAGUGUACCACUACCAGAUGAAAAUCCACAUCUUCAGCUACCAGAUUGCUGGGGACAUGGAACCGGCCUUUCACGUCACCCUGCACGGCACCAACGCAGACUCCCAGGCCCUGCCUUUGGAGAUGGUGGAGCAGAUCGGGCUGAAUGCCACCAACACCUUCCUGGUCUACACCGAGGAGGACUUGGGCGACCUCCUGAGGAUCCGACUCAGCUGGGAGGCCACGGCACAGUCGUGGUACGGCCUGUGGAAGGAAUUCCGCAGCUACUUGUCGCAGCCACGUGGUGCCGGACGAGAGCUGAGCAUUCGGCGCAUCCGUGUGAAGUCCGGGGAGACGCAGCGCAGACUGACGUUUUGCGCAGCUGACCCCGAGAACACCAUCAUAGCCCCUGGCCAAGAGCUCUGGUUUCAUAAAUGUCGGGAUGACUGGAGGAUGAAGAACAAAACCAGGUUAGCGGGACUUUCUCAUUGCCCUGCUGAUGGGCGGGCGGGUGCUGGGUGCUGGGCGCUGGCGCUGGGGACGCACCUGAGUGGGUCAGAGAAAAAACCCUCUGUGGGGGAGACAGCUGUGCCCGAGCUCGGGGUCUCCCGUGAGGACACAUCUGCCAGCCCAAGGUGGGGCUGCAAACCGGCGGCUCUGUCUCUGGCUGGGAGCGUCAACUCGGCCACAGGGGCACUGGUCACAGGACUCUGGGUCCUGCCAUGGAGCUUCCCUGAGGGUGCCAGGACGUCUUGCCAGCAAGGAACCCUGCUCCCCGGGCCUGUGGAGGAAUGUGGCUGCUGCAAGCACCUGCGGCAGAAGGAGACCUCCUGGCAGCGGCCCUCUCUCCCGUGUUGGCCGGGUCUCCUGGCCUGGGGACACCCACUGCAGCUCUUCCACCUAUCUAGCAUAGCCCUGACUCUGAGCCUCCAUGGAUGCCCCGAGCACCGAGGCUGCCGCAUGUGCCUUUCUGUGCGGAACUUCCCGGAAAAACCACUGCCCCAGAUCUUGACUGGAAUCGGUAGCCGGCCGUCUGGGGAGCCCUGGCUCUCCGAGAGACGUGUGUGUGCGGCGCCGGCUGCGAGCCAGGCCCGCGCCUCCGGGGACACACCAGGCAGAGCUCGAGGGAGGGGAGAUUCCCCCAGGAAGCAGGCUCCCAGGGGCAGGGCGGAGCUGGCAGGACUGGCAGGACCUGAGGAGUAUCCUGUGCAGGUCUCAGCAAGCAGAGCUCUGGGCUUGGCACAAAGAAGUCACUCAGUGUAUGACGAUGGACAGACCCCGUCAGCCCUGAAGGUGACCAGAUGA